AUGGAAUCUAACAGUCUGCUAAAUACUUCAUUGGAUCUCAAUGCCGCACCUUCAAGAUUUCAAGAUGAGAGAAGUGCUUUGGUAGAUGAACUGAACCGAGUAAGUGCUGAAAACAAGAGGCUCACAGAAAUGUUAGCAGUGGUGAGUGAGAAUUACAAUGGAUUGCAUAGCAAAUUAAUGGAGUAUAAAAUCAAGAAUCCAGGAAUGGAUAAUACUGCAGCAUCAAGAAAAAGGAAAGCUGAAAUCAAUGGCUCAGGUUCUGAGGGCAGCUCUAGUGAUGAAGAAACAUGCAAGAAACUAAGGGAAGAACACAUUAAAGCAAAUAUUUCCCGGGUUUUCGUAAAAACACAAGCAUCUGAUACAGGCCUUAUAGUUAAGGAUGGAUAUCAAUGGAGGAAAUAUGGACAGAAGGUGACUAGGGACAACCCUUGUCCAAGAGCUUAUUUCAAGUGCUCUUUUGCUCCUACCUGUCCAGUCAAAAAGAGGGUUCAAAGAAGUUUAGAGGAUCAAUCCGUUUUAGUUGCAACUUAUGAAGGGGAGCACAACCAUCCACAAGUGUCCAAGCUUGAGAUGACUUCGGGCUCAAACCGUUAUGUGACACUUAGCUCGGUCCCUUGCUCGAACUCUCUUAGCUCGUCUGCCCCGUCAAUUACUCUUGAUCUAACAAGACAAAAGACGAGCUACGAUGUGAGUAAUUCGAGCAGCAAAGUUAAUACACCAGAAUUCCAACAGUUUUUGGUGGAACAAAUGGCUUCUACAUUGACUAAAGAUCCCAGCUUCAAAUCAGCACUUGCAGCUGCCAUUUCUGGAAAAUUUCGUCAAUAG